CUUUGUACUUGUAGCGUUUGAACACAACUGUAGCAGCAGCAGCAGCAGCAGUGAGGAAGGAUUUUGCCAUUGCCAUUUGAUUUGAAUUGCCAAAUUUGUCGGUCAUUGAUAAUGUUUAAAUGAAUUAAUGAAUGGAUAAUGUUAAUUUUUAUAUAAUAAUUUAUUGGGUAUGAUGAUUAUAUUAAUCAUUAUUAAAUUUGGUCAAGGUUUUGAGAUUUAUGUUUCAUGCUUUGUCUGUUGGUUGAUGUGCUAAAGCAUCACUCGUUUUCGUGUUACAUUGAUUUUGUCGUUUUGUCUGAUCAACCAAGAUCGAUGGAUUGAUGGCCGAAACGAAAAAAUAAUAAAAUUAGGCUAAAUAUAACCAUAUGUGCAUGUGGAGUUGAAAUGAUCUUUGGUUUUUGUUGUUGGUAAUAAUAUGAUUAUCAUAUCCUGGUCAUAGAACAGAAAUCGUCAUUGUCCAAUCAAAUUUUGUGAUCAAUGUUUCACAUUCGAUCAAAUGAUAGUUCGAUUGUUCCAAAACAAUGUCGACCAUGUUUCAAUCCUUGAUCUCACUUUCAUAUCAUGAUAGAUUGAUGGUUUACAAUUUCGAUUGUUAGAUUGAAAUAAACAUCGACAUUCAAAACUGUUCUGUUUGAUUCAUAUAAAAAGCUGGUUUUUUCCUGAAGAAUUCAAAAUUAAUUUUUUUUUCUAAAAAAAUUGAAUUUUUUCUUCACUUUCAUUAUGGCCAGAAUGAUGGAAUUAUUGUUUAUCACAUCAUCAUCAUUAUAUUUAAUAUCGAUGAUAACAGCAUUGCCAACCACAACACCAGAACCUCGAAUAACGACAUUAUUUGGAUUGGAUUCCGAUGAUAUUACAACGACUGUUACGAUGGAAGAGAAUGCAAUUGAUAAUUUCAAUUACAUAAAUCUAAAUGAAUGUAAUUGUGGCCGACGAAUGACUCGUUAUCCAAAAAUAAUCAACGGCUCGAAUGCUGUACAUGGCAAUAAUCCAUGGAUGAUUUCGUUAUUGUUAAAUAAUCGUCAUCAUUGUGGUGGAUCAUUAAUCAAUGGCCGAUGGGUUCUGACAGCUGCACAUUGUGUAUACCGUGUUCCAUCGUCGAGAUUUCGUGUAAAAUUAGGUUCACAUCUUCGAAGCAAUAAUAACACUGAACCGAUGUCGACAAUUCUUGAUAAUGUAUUGGCUAUUGCUCAUCCGGGUUUCACGUUCACCACAUUUCAAGAUGAUCUGGCAUUAAUUAGACUGCCGGAAACGGUCAGCUAUACCAAUUAUAUUCGACCAAUUUGUUUACCGGAUCAAGUAACGGCUAGGCAAAUCCAGAAAAAAGCCACUGUAAUUGGAUGGGGUAAAUUGAAACAAGGAGGAGCAUCAGCUGAAACAUUACAACAAGUUGAUCUACCUAUCAUUGAUAAUGAUAAAUGCAUUAAUUGGUAUCGAGAAAUGGGCAAAAUGUUGACCAUCAGGCCAACACAAAUAUGUGCUGGAUUCGAAGAAGGUGGUAAGGAUGCUUGUCAAGGUGAUUCAGGUUCACCAAUGAUAAUCACCGACAAUUAUAGCAAACGAUCGACCGUUAUUGGCGUAGUAAGUGCUGGAAUCGGCUGUGCAUUACCGAAACUUCCUGGAAUCUAUACUCGUGUUAGUGCCUAUUUACCAUGGAUCCAAAAAACAAUGAAAAGAUAUGAUCGUAUUUAUAAUGAAAAACCAAAAUUACCAUUCUCGCCAGCAGCAAUUUCAGUGAACAAUGAUGAUGUAAUUACAACGGAAAAACCAGAACAAAUAGUGAUGACUAGUACGAUAUCCGAAUUGAAUGAUGAAACUAAAGAGCCUGAACAUGAUAAUCUAUGGGCAUUGGUAUCACCAACUCCAUCUUCACAAUUACAGCUAAUCGAAACGAAUGAAACAAUGGAAUCUGAAAACAAUAACCUAACAUGGACAUUGAUAACAUCAUCACCGAUGAAAUAAAUCUGAUGAAAAAAAAGGAAAUGAAAUGGAAAUUUGUUUUUAUAUAUAGAGCAAGGUCAUGAUGAACUAGAUUUAGAGAAAUUUUAUAGUUAAAAAUUGUAGACAAAUUUCAAAACAUGAACAUGUUUAUAUAAAUUUAUUUAUUUUUGUUUUUUUUACAUUUUCAAUAUUUCAAUGAUAGCAAUUCAUUGAUACGACUCGACUGAUUUCGAUUCUAAUACAGAAAUAAUAAUUGAUGCUAAUACCGAUUGAUAGAAAUAAUUCCUCUGAGUAGUAUGUGUGUGUGUGUGUGUUUACAAUUUAAGUAGAAUGAAUGUAAUUCUUCUAUUUCUAAUUCGAAGGUUUACCAUAACGAUUGUAAAUAUGAAGACCAAUACAUGCAAGGGCUGCCAAUGCUACCACAUGAACACCAUGUGUACGAAUUAGAUUAUCAAGUUGGGACAUUAUUUUACUACAAGCACCAGCAUCGGCAUCACC